ACGCCAAGUACGUCCGGUGGGCUUGCGGUGCAGUGCCCCGCUCUCGGGUCACAGUGAGGAUGGGGUCGAGACUGGGGCUGUGGACGGUGCAUCUCCUUCUGCUCUGUAUCGGGGCAGAGUCUCAGCAGAGAGGUCUUUUCCCAGCCAUCCUGAAUCUUGCCAGCAACGCUGUCAUCUCCACUAAUGCAACCUGUGGUGAAAAUGGCCCUGAGAUGUAUUGUAAGCUGGUGGAGCACGUUCCUGGACGGCCGAUACGCAACCCACAGUGUCGUAUUUGUGACCUGAACAGUGCAAAUCCGAAAGAACGACAUCCAAUAAAGAGUGCUAUAGAUGGAACCAACAAUUGGUGGCAAAGUCCCAGUAUCCAGAAUGGCAGACAGUUCCACUGGGUGACGAUUACCCUGGACCUGAGACAGGUAUUUCAAGUUGCUUACGUUAUCAUUAAAGCAGCAAAUUCUCCACGUCCCGGCAACUGGGUUUUGGAGCGCUCAAUUGAUGGUGUUAAGUUUGAACCAUGGCAGUACUAUGCCACGAGUGACACUGAGUGCCUGACCCGCUACAACAUUGUACCUCGAAUCGGACCACCAACCUACAAAAGAGACAAUGAAGUGAUCUGCACUUCUUAUUAUUCCAGGCUCGUCCCGCUGGAGCACGGAGAGAUUCACACCUCGCUGAUCAAUGGCAGGCCCAGUGCUGAUGAUCCUUCCCCAACUUUGUUGGAGUUUACCUCCGCUCGCUAUAUCCGCCUCCUCCUUCAGCGCAUCAGAACACUCAAUGCCGACCUCAUGACUCUUGGAUAUCAUGACCCAAGGGAAGUUGACCCAAUCGUUACCCGUAGGUAUUACUACUCCAUCAAGGAUAUCUCAGUUGGAGGCAUGUGUAUCUGUUACGGCCAUGCUCGCAGCUGUCCAUGGGAUGAAAAACUAAUGAGACUGCAAUGUCAGUGUGAACACAACACCUGCGGAGAGAGUUGCAGUGAGUGUUGCCCAGGUUACCAUCAGAAACCAUGGCGGUCUGGAACCUUUGCCUCAGACAACACGUGUGAGAAGUGCAAUUGCCAUGGCAAGACAGAAGAUUGUUACUACGACCAAAGUGUGGCUGAUCGCAACCUGAGUUUGAACAUACUAGGACAGUUUAUCGGUGGAGGUGUGUGUGUUAAUUGCACCAACAACACGGCAGGCAUCAACUGUGAGACCUGUAUUGAUGGCUUCUACCGACCUUACGAGGUGUCUCCUUUUAGCCGUGAUCCUUGUUUGCCAUGUGACUGUAACCCAGCAGGGUCCCUGAAUACCACCUGUGUGAAGGACGAUAACCAAGCAGUCACAGAGCAAGGUCUUUUCCCUGGUCAGUGCCACUGCCGAGCUGGUUACGCUGGGAGGACAUGCAACCACUGUGCACUGGGGUAUAAAGGCUUCCCCAAUUGUAUGCGUUGCAACUGUAGUGUUGUGGGCAGCACCAACGAUGAUCCCUGUGCUGAACCAUGCCAAUGCAAGAGAAAUGUGGAGGGAGAGAACUGUGACCAGUGCAAGCCAGGAUUCUACAAUUUGCAAGAAAGGAAUCCAGAAGGCUGUACAGAAUGUUUCUGCUUUGGACUGUCCGGUGUUUGUGAAAGCAUUUCCUGGCCUGUUACACAGGUCAUGGAUGUUGCUGGCUGGCAAGUGACUGAUCGUCAGGACACAAGAAGGGUGCAACCUUACAUCAACAAUACUGAAAACAGAAAACCCUUGCCGAUUCUGUACCACUGGACAGCUCCAGAAUCAUACCUGGGUAAUAAGCUUACUGCAUUUGGAGGAUACUUGAACUUUACUCUGGUGAAUGACUUUCCAGUGGAAGGUGUUGGUAAUGAGCUGACCUCCGACAUUGAUGUCAUUAUUGAGGGCAAUGGUCGAUCACUCAGUGCAGGGCCUGGUGGCUUGUUGCUCCAGCCUUAUGAUAAGCAAUCAGUUGCACUUCGGUUACUACCUGAGAACUUUGUGGACCUCAACACAAAUAAUGGAAUAGACCGAGAUCGAUUAAUGACCAUUCUAGCAAAUGUAACACAGCUGCAGAUCUGGGCCAAGUACAACGUCGCCAGAGAGGUUCAGUACAGAUUGAGUUCUGUCACCUUGGACGUUGCAAACCCAAAUGCCAUCGACAUUCUUCCUGCAGUGGAUGUUGAACAUUGUGAAUGUCCUCCGGGCUACUCUGGCAUUUCCUGUGAGUCUUGCAUCCCAGGCUUUUAUCGUGUUGAUGGAAUAUUAUUUGGCGGCAUCUGUCAACAGUGUGAAUGCAACGGCCAUGCUACAGAAUGUGACACUAAUGGCACCUGCUUGGGCUGCCGGCACAACACAACUGGACCAAACUGUGAGCAGUGCUCCCCGGGUUUGUAUGGCGAUCCUAGCAGAGGGACCGCUGAGGACUGCAAACCUUGUGCCUGCCCACUGACCAUUACCUCUAACAAUUUCAGUCCCACUUGCCAUUUAAACAAAACAGGAGAACUCACCUGCGAUCAGUGUCGGCCAGGCUACACAGGAUCCAGAUGUGACAGGUGUGCUGAUGGUCACUAUGGAAACCCAACAACACCCGGGCAGUCCUGUGAGCCAUGUGACUGCAGCAACAACAUUGACCCGUCGGUUCCUGGAAGCUGUGACCCACUGACAGGGGAAUGUCUGAAGUGUAUCAGAAAUACCGCGGGCAGACUGUGUGAGCGAUGCGCGGACGGAUACUAUGGAGAUGCAGUGAUUUCAAAGAACUGCAGCUCUUGCGACUGCAAUAUGAAUGGUUCCUAUAGUGAGGUGUGUGACCUCACAACUGGUCGUUGCCAAUGCAAGUCCAAUGUUCUGGGGCAGAAGUGUGACAAGUGCCUGCAUGGGUAUUUUGGCUUGAGCGCUGGACUUGGCUGCACUCCCUGCAACUGCAGCCAAUUGGGCUCGAUCUCUGAGGACUGUGGUGACAAUGGGAAAUGUCGCUGUGCGCCUGGGGUGAGUGGAGACAAGUGUGACCGCUGCGCACAUGGCUUUUAUGGAUUCCAGGACGGUGGCUGCACAUCUUGUGACUGUGUCCACACUCAGAAUAAUUGUGCAGGGGACACUGGACAGUGUAUCUGCCCACCUCACACAGAAGGAGAGAAAUGUGAACGCUGUGAGGCCAACUACUGGGGUCAUGACCCCAGGGCCGGAUGCAAGCCCUGUAACUGUAGCGAGAUGGGUUCUGUUGGUGUUGGGUGCAAUGUGAUGGAUGGACACUGCCUUUGUAAACAAGAAUUCAGUGGAGCAAAAUGCAGCGAGUGUGCAGUUGGAUACAGGGACUAUCCCCAAUGUAUCGCCUGCAAGUGCGAUCGCAGAGGUACCAGGCCUGAGAAAUGCGAUCUGGCACAAGGAGUUUGCACUUGUGAGAAACGCACUGGGCUCUGUCCCUGUAAGGAAGGUGUUUCUGGUGUUCGUUGCAAUGAAUGCAAGGCUGGAUCAUUUGCUCUCAGUCUCCACAACCCAGAAGGCUGUAGUCGCUGUUACUGCUCUGGUGUGUCCAAUUCCUGCGCAGAACUCCAAGGACUGGUUAGGGUUCCUCUCACCCUGACACCCAGCCAAGUGAUAAUGCGUGUUGUCAAUCAAGGCAACCUGACUGGUACAACAGAGGGCAUUUUUUCUCAGCCCCCAGAGAUCUUGCUGGCUGCUGCACUGGUGCAGAAGCACCUCCAGACAGAACCCUAUUACUGGGCACUACCUGCCCAGUUCACAGGAGACAAGCUAUUGGCUUAUGGAGGGAAGCUAAGAUAUGCCUUCGCCUAUUAUGCUCAAGAUAGCUCUGGAAACUUGAACCCAGAACCACAGAUCAUCCUGAAAGGAGGUCACGGCAGCAAAAUGAUAAUUUACAGGAACGUUUCCACUCCUGCAAAUGGACAGCAGAGCCGGCAUGACAUAGACUUGACUGAGCAUGAAUGGAAGUAUUUCAAUUCAUUUUCUGACCAACCCGUCUCACGCACUGAUUUCAUGUCUGUGCUCAGCAAUAUCGAAUACCUCCUGGUUAAAGCUUCCUAUGGCAAUGGACUCCAGCAAAGCAGAAUUUCUAAUAUCUCAAUGGACAUUGCGAUGGAGGAAGAUGAAACUCAUGCCAUUAGGGAACGUGCAAGUCAGAUUGAGAUUUGUGACUGUCCUUCAGGAUACGCAGGUCUCUCAUGCCAGGAAUGUGCUCCCGGAUUUUACAGACAGAAGAUGAUGAAUGGCCCUCGCCCUUAUGCCUGUGUCUCAUGCCAGUGCCAUAACCACAGUUCCGUCUGUGACCUUGAUACAGGCAAAUGUCAAGGAUGUCAAGACAACACAGCGGGGGAUCACUGUGAAUUGUGUGCUUCAGGAUACUACGGCAGAGUAAACGGAUCCAUCAAUGACUGCUCACUCUGCGCCUGUCCCAGGCCCCAUUCUGGCAGCUUUAGCCCCACAUGCGUGUUAGAAGAUGUGAAUGAUUUCCGCUGUAAUGCCUGCCUGCCUGGGUAUGAAGGACAAUACUGUGAAAGAUGUGCUCCUGGUCACUAUGGUAACCCACGUGCAUCAGAUGGUAAAUGCCAUGAAUGUGAAUGUAAUCCAAGUGGCUCCAUCCACAGUAACUGUGAUUCUCUACUGGGCCAUUGCGUUUGCAAACCAGGUGUUACAGGUCGCCUCUGUGAUCAGUGCGAACGCAAGCACAUACUGGUGGAAAGUGAAUGCAUAUCUUGUGAUGAUGACUGCACAGGGCUCUUGCUGUCUGACCUCGACAACCUGGAAGCCAGUUUGAUAUCAAUUAACCUGACUGGGUUUGACCUAGCUCCUUAUAAUCUCAUCUCUGCCAUUGAAAACAUCACUGAGAAAUACAAGAUUACCUUGGCACCAAAACGCAACACAAGUGCCAUCAUCAUACAGGCAGAAGGACAGAUGUCUGCGUUAGCCUUGGACAUCCAUCAUUUACAGCAGCAGGUCACUCAGGAUUUUGGAGAUGGACAGGCUCUGAAUAAGGCUGCAGGGAGAACAUUAACCAGGACUCUGGAGCUUGAAGCACUUGUAAAUGAAACUUCAAAAUCUAUAAAAGCUCUUGCUGACAUAGCGAAUCGCCUGAAUGAGACUCUGGGCACUGACCUGACUUUUUCCAAUACCAGCCUGCACCACCUUCAGCAUGAAAUACUGGUCAUGCUGGAAACCAUGAGAAAAAGAGGGUUCAGUCAAUCAAAAGACAUUGCAGUGACCGAACUAAAGGCUGCAGAAAGACUGCUGAUGCAGGUGCAGAAGGAGUUUCAGAAACCUCGUAAGGAAAUGGAGGAGUUGAGAAACCAGGUAAUGGAUGUCUUGGUGCAGCACAGCAGCAAGUUGCAUGAAGCCCAGGACUUGGUGAACGAAGCACGCAGCAGCACCAGUGAAACAAACCAGCUUCUCCGCAGCAUCUCAAGCAACCUGGCAGAGCUCAAGGAGAAGCAGCAGACAUUGGACAGAAUGAAGGCACUGACAGUAAACCUGACCCAAGACGGACGAGAGAUGGUGGACCAUGCAGCAAAUAUGGUGGCAGAUGUUGUGAACGACACAGCUAUUCUGGAGCAAUACAGUGAUCAGCUGGAUUUGUGGAAUGCCCAGAUGAGGAGGCACAUUGACAAGCUGGUGAUGGAGAUGACUCAAAAGAGUGUGCUCAGCCUUGUCUACAGGGCAGAGGACCACGCUGAAGAGCUCAGUAACCUUGCUUAUCUGCUGAACAGUUCCCUUUCAGCUGUAAGGAACGUGUCCCUGAAUGCCACAGUAGCUGUGAAUGCACACACCAACAUCAAGGCGCUGGUCGAAGAAGCCACAGCUGUUGCUUUGGAUGCAAGGAGCAAAGCUGAUGCUGCUUUAAAGUUGGUGGAGGAAGUCGGCAAGGAAUCAGCUGAGCACAGUUCAAAACUCCUGAAUGAUGCCAAUGAUUUGAAAAAGAAAACUGCUGGUCUUGUCAACCAGCUGAGCGGACUGAAAGAGAAAGUUCAUCAGAUUCAAAGGAGUGCACAUAAUGUAAGCCGACUGCUGAGUGAGCCCCUGCAGUUACUAGCAGGCUUGCCUAAUGGUACCACGAACAGAAUUCAUGAGGCAAAAAAUCAUGCCGUCUCGGCUAAUCUAACAGCAACUGCAACUCUUGCUGAAAUUCAGCAGUUCAGUCGGCAGCUGUUGACCACAUCUGGCACUUUAACGCGGGUCAAUAAAACUGUCAGGGAAACAAAUGAGCUCAUCAAUGAUUCAGCGAGGACUGCUGUGGCUGCUGGAGCAAAGGUGCAAGAAAUCGAAAUUCAAGCCAAUUACUUGUUGGACAGAUUGAAGCCAUUGAAAAUGCUUGAGGACAACCUGAGCAGAAACUUAUCAGAGAUAAAAGAGUUGAUUAAUCAGGCCCGGAAGCAAGCUGCCUCGAUUAAAGUGGCAGUAUCAGCUGACCGAGAUUGCAUCCGUGCCUACCAGCCUGCACUCAUGAGCAGCAACUACAACACUCUGACCCUGAAUGUGAAGACCUCUGAGCCAGAAAACCUAUUGUUUUACCUAGGCAGCAGCAGCAAUUCUGAAUUCUUGGCUCUGGAGAUGCGACGGGGCAGAGUUGUCUUCUUGUGGGACGUGGGUUCAGGAACAGCAAGAUUAGAAUAUCCUGAUCUUCAAAUUCACACCAACAAGUGGUACAGGAUUCACGCUGCCAGGUUUGGACGUAUGGGUACUCUGUCUGUUCAAGAAGUUGGAUCUUCUGCUUCAGAUAAGCCUGCCAUAAAAAAAACUACAUCUCCUGGAAUUUCCACAGUGCUUGAUGUGAAUAAUUCCACCCUGGUUUUUGUUGGUGGACUCUCUAAGCGAUCGAAGAAAGCACCAGCUGUGAAGGUUACCCACUUCAAAGGCUGCAUGGGUGAGGCGUUUCUUGAUGGAAGAUCUAUCGGCUUGUGGAACUAUCGAGAAAGAGAAGGGAAAUGCAGUGGGUGUUUUGCAAGAUCCCAGAAUGAAGACAUUGCCUUCCACUUUGAUGGUAGUGGCUACUCAGCUGUUGAGAAGAUAUUGCGCUCCACAUCUACUCAACUGGUGAUGCACUUCAGCACAUUCUCACCAAAUGGCCUACUUCUGUACCUUGCUUCAAAUGGCACUAGAGAUUUCUUAGCAGUAGAACUGGCAGAUGGGAAAGUACGAGUGACCUUUGACCUCGGAUCUGGAGUUCUGAUGCUCAUGUCCAAGAAACGAUACAACAAUGGAACUUGGUUUAAAAUUGCAUUUCAACGUAAUCGCAAACUAGGUGUUCUGGCUGUCAUGGACCCAUUUAAUUCAACUGACCGAGAAACUGUACAAGGAGAAUCACCAGGAACUGCUUCAGAUCUCAAUCGUGGGCACAAAGAUCCAAUAUAUAUUGGGGGACUACCUCGUUCCAGAAGUUACAGGAAAGAAGUUCUCAGCAAAUCAUUUGUGGGUUGCUUGAAGAAGGUGGAGAUUUACCGAUCUACGUUUGACCUGCUGAGGAAUUCCUUGGGUGUGAAGAAAGGUUGUUUGCUUGAGCCUAUACGGAGUGUGAGUGUUUUCAAAAAUGGGUACAUUCAAUUACGGCCUAAGGUUCUACCAUUGGAAGCAAAGUUAAUGGCAACAUUUGCCACCAAGAAUGACACUGGGCUCAUCUUAGCUGGUAUGGGCAAACCAACUGGAGGUCGUAAUCGGCGGCAGACAAAAAUGCCAUUUCUCAGCAUUAUGAUCAUUAAUGGACACGUAGAAGCUCACAUAAACACUGGAGAUGGAGUCAGCACCAGGAGACUCGUUGCCAAAGCCCCAUCCGGAACAUACAGUGAUGGGCAAGAACAUUCCAUCAUUCUCACCAGGAACAAGAGGAUAAUAACAUUACAGAUUGAUGAAGGGAAUUUACUUGAAAUGAGGCUUGGGUCCUCGGCAGACAGCAGUCCAUUGAACAUUACCAGACUGUAUGCUGGUGGAGUUCCUACUGGAGAGGGCGCUAUUGUCCUUAAGAUAACAAGAUCAUUCAGGGGCUGCAUCAAGAACCUGGUCCUCAAUACUGAGUUGUUAGAUUUCAGUGGUGCUCUGAAGUACCAGAAUAUCGAUCUGGACAGCUGCCUGCUUUCAGAGAGACCGAGGACUGCACCAGAUGAGAGAGACUUCGAGCUUGCACUUCAGCCUACUGUUCAACCCAUAGAGCCACCUGAAAACUCACUAAGUUCCUCUACCACAACCCACAGCUCUCCUUCCAACAAGAAAGCUGUGCAGUGUGCAACAGAGGAGUUACCAGCCAUUAUUCCCAAAGCUUACCAAUUUGGUCUUGCCCGGGGCAGCCACAUGAUUCUUUCCCUUGAUGAGAACACAGUGAAGAGGAAGUUUUCUAUCCAGCUGAACAUUAGAACAUAUGCCUCCAGCGGACUGAUUUACUACAUGGCUCAUCAAAACCAGAUUGACUGUGCAGCCCUUCAGCUGUGGAUGGGGAGAUUGCACUUCCUCUUUAACCUUGGGAGAGGUACAGCAGUGGCCAUCCUGCCAAACCCCAUUAACGACGGCCAGUGGCAUUCAGUAAAAACAGAAUAUGCAAAACGUAGAGGUGUGAUUACUGUGGAUGGGAAGGAAUCCAGUUCUGCUCUGGGCGAUGGCAACUCACUGGAUGUGCAAGGAAAGUUAUACCUUGGAGGCUUGCCAUUGGAUUACACAGCCAAGAAAAUAGGAAAUGCAACACACAGUAUUCCUGCUUGUCUUGGUGGUGUAACCUUGAAUAGCAAGCCCCUGGACAUGGAGAGGCCAGUCUCCAUCCUCACUGUGAGCAGAUGUUAUGCUGCCGUUCAGGAGGGCUCGUUCUUUGACGGCACAGGAUUUGCUGCACUGGUCAAAGAAGGUUACAAAGUAAGGUCAGAUUUAAUUGUUACGUUUGAGUUCCGCAGCACAACCAGGAACGCCGUAUUGCUGGGUAUUAGCAGUGCCAAGGUGGACGCAAUUGGCCUGGAGAUCGUAGAUGGCAAGGUUCUGUUCCAUGUAAAUAAUGGAGCUGGAAGAGUUACUGCUAGGUAUGAGCCCAAGGAUGCGAGCCAGCUGUGCAAUGGCAAGUGGCAUAAACUUCAAGCCAAUAAGAGCAAACAUCGUAUUGCACUGACUGUGGAUGGAGUUACUGUGCAGGCUGAUAAUCCUUACAUACAGUCAACCUCAGCCGAUACUAAUGAUCCUAUCUAUGUGGGUGGCUAUCCUGCGAAUGUGAAGCAAAAUUGCCUGACACUUCAGAAGCCAUUCCAGGGCUGCAUGAGGAACCUCAAGCUGACAAAAAACCAACAGACCGAGGCCUUUGACUUCAGCAGAGCCUUUGACCUCCGAGGAGUUUUCCCCCACUCCUGUCCUGGAAUUAAGCACUAGCUUCCAGAGAAUAUUUUCAAAGCAAACUGGAGCCAUACCUAUCUCACCAUGGUGUUAAGUGUCCUCCUUGACUCAGGAUAAAUAUGCAUUUUGUGCCAACAAGAAUUAUAAAAGUUGCUUAGCUAAAUAAUUUUGUACUGUACAACAAGUACCUCCAUCAAAACAAUCAUUAACAGCAUCAGGAUGAAUAUUUUAAUACUUUUUCAUCCACGUUUACAAUUGAUUCUUUUUGACAGUAUUUACUGAAAAGUUAAACUUUGUUCAUUUUGAAUAUUUUUAACUCUUUUGCAAUUA